AGGCCCUCCCCAUUGGCUCUUAUUUCCCUGCUCAGGAGGAGGAGGCAGGUAGAACUGUGUUACCUGAACGCACAUUACCUGGCUGCGCACUCACCUGCGGGCACUGCGCCGAGAUGGCUUCAAAACAAGGGCAGUUCAGGCGCACUGGUACGGAGGCAUGAAAACUACCGGGUCAUUCCACCUGCAGCCAAGAAGACAAGAUCAUUAGACUUUGUGGCGAAUUAUCAGGGCUCAAAAUAAAGUACUUUUCCAGACCGACUUUUGAUUUUAGACUUUGAGCAUCGCACCUGCGCUCUGUAUCAUGGAUUUGGCACGGGCGGACACUGACCAGAGGAUUCAGCUUGAUGUGUUGGGAAACAGACGCCGUACGACCAUUUGGAAAGGUUAGGGGAGUCUCCAAUGUGAACGCUGCUGUGCGCAACCCAUAUUUACAGUGCAUGGCCUAAGGACUAUCGAUCAUGCACAAACCCCUCCGAAAGCGGAGUCUCUACGUGUUCCUGUGUUUUGGCAUCCUGUAUUUGAAACUCGGAGCCCUGUCGUCCGUGGUCGCUCUGGGUGCCAACAUCAUCUGUAAUAAGAUCCCCGGAUUGGCCCCUCGACAGCGGGCCAUCUGCCAGAGUCGGCCGGACGCCAUCAUCGUGGUGGGCGAGGGCGCUCAGAUGGGGAUCAAUGAGUGCCAGUACCAGUUUCGUUACGGCCGCUGGAACUGCUCGGCUCUGGGAGAGAGGACAGUGUUCGGGCAGGAGCUGCGAGUAGGCAGUCGGGAAGCGGCCUUCACCUAUGCCAUCACUGCAGCGGGAGUGGCCCAUGCCAUCACAGCAGCCUGCAGCCAGGGCAAACUCAACCAGUGUGGCUGCGACCGGGAGAAACAGGGCUACUAUAACCAGGAGGAGGGCUGGAAGUGGGGGGGCUGCUCAGCUGACAUUAAGUAUGGCAUUGAGUUCUCCCGGCGCUUUGUGGACGCCAGAGAGAUUAAGAAGACGCCACGCCGCCUCAUGAACUUACACAACAAUGAAGCUGGCAGAAAGGUGUUAGAGGAGAGGAUGAAGUUGGAAUGCAAGUGUCAUGGUGUUUCCGGUUCCUGCACAACAAAGACUUGUUGGACUACACUUCCCAAGUUUCGAGAAAUUGGCUACCUUCUUAAGGAGAAAUACAACCAUGCAGUACAUGUGGAGGUGGUGCGGGCAAGCAGACUACGACAGCCCACUCACCUCAAAGUCAAGCAGACUCAGGGCUACCGCAAGCCCAUGGAGACAGACCUCGUUUACAUCGAAAGGUCGCCCAACUACUGUGAGGCGGACACAGCGACAGGGAGUGUGGGCACCCAAGGGCGACUGUGUAACCGCACGUCACCGCACACGGACGGCUGCGACCUCAUGUGCUGUGGCCGAGGCUACAACACGCACCAGUACACUAAAGUGUGGCAGUGCAACUGUAAGUUUCAAUGGUGCUGCUUUGUCAAGUGCAACACGUGCAGUGAGAGGACCGAGGUGUUCACCUGCAAAUGAUAAAUAACAAGGAACUUAUUACCAGGACGUGUUCUGCCCAGGACUAGCUGAAUGACGAAGACACCCCUGUACGGUGUCUUGGACCUGUAAGAGACAUUGGAAUAAAAGACUAAAGCUCUUCAAGGCAUCGAUUUGCACACCACAAUCUAUGGAAUGCUUUUCAGAGUCUAUGUUUAAUAUUGGUUGGUCUUCUGUAAAGUUGGGGCAACAGCUGUGGGAACUGUCCUCUCUGACUUGUGAAUGAGGUUAUACAUCCAAGAACGUUUCUUGAGUAAAGGUACAUUGAGACAAUAGGAGAAAAACAUUAACCCUUAAUGUUAUUAAAAGAAGCUGUGGACUUUAGGGUCCAGAGCUAAAUGUGGACCAUGUCUUUUGAAUAAAUGGUAUGUUGGAAGUGUGUAGAAGUGAAGAACUGAAGUAAGUAUUGUGCAUUGGGGGUGCACCAAACGCUUAGGAGGACUGUAUCAAAUCCCCUGCUGCCAACUGGAAUAUGUUUUGUUAGUUUUCCAGUCACACUGGAACUGUCUGUUCUGAACACUGAAAUAAAUGUUUUAUUUAUGUUAUAGUAUCUUAAAACUAAGCACUAACGGGUAGAGAUAUCUUUUUGUACUAAGUCAAAGAAAAAAACAAACUAUAGAAACUAUGACUGAUAGUGUAUGUCUAUUAGACUUUCCCUUCAUCUCUAAGCUGGACACUUCUUUGCUACUGGUGUCAUUACAUUUCAUUUCAAACUUAUGUUCUUUUGCCAGUGAAUAGUAAAAUAUACAGUAAGCCAACAUAAUAGUGGCAGUAACAUGUAGCUAUGUUGUUGAGUGCUGCACUGAUUUUCUAUUCAGAUACAAUUGAAAACCCAAUAAACUCAUCUCAUCUGACUAUGUUUAGCAGUUUAAA